AUGGCUGCAUGGGGGCUGGAUCAUCUCAAAAAUGACUACAGAAGAAGAUUUUGCCGACCUUCCAGGGCACCUGACAUUAAUACGGAACAAGGCAAGAAUAUACUGGAAGUCUUAUUAGACUGUUUUGAAGAAAAAAGUGUUGCCAAUGAUUUUAGCAAAAAUGCCACAAAAUCAGUGCCUUAUUCAACACCUAAAACAAAAGAUAUUUGUAUUCAGUCAUCAAGCAAAGAGACUCAGAGCCAGAAAUCACAUCCAAAGUCAGGUCCAGUUUCUUCAAGGAAGAAAGAAGCCCCUCUGCAGUUAACUGUAGAACCAAAUGAAGUUGUCAGCAAAUCAGUUCAGGACCAUGAGGUUCAUCAGAAAAUUUUGGCAAAUGAUGUUCGUUCUAAAAAUACAUCUGACUUCAGAAAGAUGUCAAGUAAAAAACUAAAAGAUAAUCACACUAAAGCUGAUGAGGAGUGUUACUUAUCUAUUGGCUCACCUUUUGACCUGGAUAUAAAAGCAUCUUCAUUGCAAAAGGGUAGUCCAUCUGUUGCCCAAAAGAGAGAGACCUACACUUCCGAAAAUUCAGUAAAUAUGCUAUCUUCAAGUACAGAGAUUUCUCAUAAAACCAGAAAAAGGUUAAACUUUGAAGAUAAAGAUGCUUUGAAGAAAGUAGAAAUAAUGAAUGAAGUAUCAGAAAUAGAGGAUAAAGUAUCAGAAGGACCGCAAGAAAGGAGACAGUCAGAAACAUCUCAAGAAAGAAUACAAGAUUCAGAAUAUGAAAAUCAACCGCGAGCUAGGAAGAGUUUUUCAACGUUGUUUUUAGAAACUGUGAAAAGAAAAAGUGAAUCCAGUUCUGUUGUUAGGCAUAUAGCAACUGUACCACCUCAUUUAUCUCCUGCAAAUAAUUUGAAGUUAUUGGAAGAUGAGUUUAUAAUUGAUGAAUCAGAUAAAAGUUUUGUCAGUCAACCUUGGAUUACUAUACCAAGAAAGACUGGACCUCAGAAGCAGCACACAGCAUCCCCUGCUGAGAGCACUGUCCUUCAAAAGAAGAAGUCAAGAGGAAAACAUGACAAUGUAUCAUCUAUGGCUUUGACAAGUAACAAGCAUCCUGGCAAAGCUCACCCAGUAGAGAAAUCUCAACCCUCUGAACAAAACAUGCUGGGUGGGAGUUGUGCUUUGACAGAUGAAGUAGAAAAUAAUUGUAAAUCUACAAAAUAUGAAAUACUUUCUGAGAAUGCGGAAAAAGCAUCUGGAGCCAAAAGGACUAUAAAACCAAAACAGAGAACAAAAUCUAAGGCCAGCGUACCUGAAGAAGAAGUUGAUAUGAGGCAAUCUAAAGAUAAAAAUAUAUCACAUACUGUCCAAGACAAGUUACAAAGAAAUUCAGACAAAAAUAUGGAAGAGGGUGAAGAGAUAAGCAUUAGCAUUUCCAAAAAUCUGGUGCUCUAUGUGGGAAGCAAGAAAGGUAACACCAAUGUUCCUCACAAAAAGAAUCAGAAAAAAGAUAAGGAAUGCAAAAAGAAGCAUUUUUCAAGUGGAUCCAAGAAGAACAAAAUUGAACCUGAAGAAUUAACUUCAACUGUCACAAGAAGUCGAAGAAUUUCUAGACGCCCAUCUAAUUGGUGGGUGGUAAAAUCAGAGCAGAGUCCUUUUUCUAGCAAUUCUUCAGUAAGAAAUGAACUGUCAGUGUAUAACAGUAGACAAAAACCACCUGCUGAAAAAACAAACCAAUCAUCUAAGAAUAUUGGGGAAAAAGCUGUUCCAUUUAAAAAGCAGAAGAGAGCUAAUGAAGGCAGCUCAGGAGCACAGAAGGUUUUAUGUGCUAAAGAUUCUGGUGGUUCCCAGAAUGAGUCAUUGGGAAGCAAUGAAGCAGACCUGGCUAAGAAGAAAAAUCCUAAUCCUUCUGGAGAUACAGGAAACUCAGAGAACCAAGAUAGUAUGGCUGCACAAAAUGUUCGUCGAAAGUCUCAAAUGAGUGGAUAUACAUGGACGACACCAGCAAAGUCUAACUUGGAUUCUGGAGAGCCUGAGACUUCAGUUUUGGAAGGGAGUGGACCUUUUCGGCUCAAGAAUUAUUUAACGUCUGGAAAGAAUAAUUCAGAUGUGGAUGAUAAUGUAGUUCAGGAAAAUUUGAAUGAUUCAAGAGGAGAAAUAUCUAAUUCAACACCAGAGAGCAAGAUGCAUCACAAAUUAGUAUUGCCCUCCAACACACCAAAUGUUCGCAGAACUAUGAGAACACGAUCAAAACCUUUGGAAUACUGGCGAGGGGAACGAAUAAAUUAUCAGGGAAGGCCAUCAGGAGGAUUUGUGAUUGGUGGAAUACUGUCCCCAGACACAGUAUCAUCUAAAAGGAAAGCAACAGGAAACUUGGGAAGAAUCAUUACAACAGCUAAUAGGAAAAGAAUCUGUCUUGAAAAUGAUGAAAGAAAGAAUAAAUUCAUGGUAAAUCUGAAUAUACCUCUGGGAGAUCCUCUGCAGCCAACAAGGGUAAAAGACCCAGAAACACGAGAGACUGUUCUUAUGGAUCUUAUAAGGCCACGAGAUACAUACCAAUUUUGUGUUGAACAUGAUGAGUUGAAAGUAUAUAAAACAUUGGAUACACCGUUUUUUUCUACUGGAAAAUUAAUAUUAGGACCAAAUCAAGAAAAGGGAAAGCAGCAUGUAGGCCUUGAUACAUUGGUUUUUUAUGUUAAUCUUGGUCACCUUUUAUGUACCUUACAUGAAACACCUUAUAUAAUAACAACUGGGGAUUCAUUCUAUGUUCCUUCAGGUAAUUAUUACAACAUCAAAAAUCUCCUGAAUGAGGAAAGUGUUCUUCUUUUUACUCAGAUAAAAAGUUGA